CAGAGGCACCCGGAAAGCGGGGAGGAAGGUUGGCCGAACUCGGGCUUGCUUCACAGCGCUCAGGGGGCCUCUCUGCAGCGCCGAUCUGCUGGUCGGAUAUGUUCCCAAGUCUAAACCGGGAGGCUGGAGGAACGUGCUCUGCGGGGUCUGCUUCUACUUUAUGCUUUGAGCAGAGUCUCUAGUUGCAAACCUUUAAACGACUGUGUUUCUCCACGUGCUCUUGGCACGUGUCGUACCUUUAGACGGAGAACAAACCGAGGUGGCGUUAAAAUACGCAGAAAAGCUUGUCAGAAGACCAAAGCAGGAUCAUAGUUCUGCUUACUUCUGGCUAAAAUGCAGACAGUUCCUUAUGAAUCUGAUGUAUUAGUAGUAGGACACUACAGUAGGUGAUGUAAUUGUCUAAACUUUCCAACAUGCACUGGAUCACUGUUUUACAAAAGGCUUCCUUUCGAACCAAGCAAUUUCCAGUACAGUUUCGCAUCCUACGCUUGAUUUCCAGUCAUCUCCCAAAUCAGGUUACUGAAGAUGCAGAAAAACAGCUAUCACACCAGCAAAAUGCUGGUGCCUCAAAAGAAAACCUCAUUCUCAAAGUUCCCAAGGGCACCAGGGAUUUUAGCCCAAAGCAAAUGGCUAUUCGUGAAAAAAUCUUCAGCACUAUAAUUAGCUGUUUUAAGCGUCAUGGAGCUGUGACAAUAGACACUCCUGUGUUUGAGCUGAAGGAACUCUUGUUGGAGAACUAUGGUGAAGAGACAAAGUUGAUUUAUGAUCUGGAAGAUCAAGGAGGAGAGCUGCUGUCUCUUCGAUAUGACUUAACUGUGCCAUUCGCUCGUUACUUGGCUAUGAACAAAAUUAAACGAUGUAAACGUUACCACAUUGGAAAAGUCUACAGGCGUGAUAACCCAUCCAUAAAGAGAGGACGCUUCAGGGAGUUUGUCCAGUGUGAUUUUGACAUUGCUGGCCAAUAUGAUCCUAUGAUUCCUGAUGCAGAGUGUCUGAAGGUCAUGCAUGAGAUUUUAACUGCGCUGCAGUUUGGCGAUUUCCUUAUCAAAAUCAACGACAGGCGCAUUUUGCAUGGGAUCUUUACAGUAUGUGGUAUUCCAGAAAUCAAAUUUGAAAGGACUUGCUCAACUCUUGACAAACUGGACAAGGUGACAUGGGAGGAAGUGAAAAAUGAAAUGAUCAGAGAGGAUGGGAUUUCUCCUGAGUGUGUAGAUCAUGUUAGUGAAUAUGUUCAACUUCAUGGGGGACCGUGUCUCAUUGAGAAGCUUCUCAAGGAUCCAAAACUGGUCCAGAAUAAAUUGGCUAUGGAAGGACUGGAGGACAUGAAAUUGCUAUUUGAAUACCUUUCUCUGUUUGGCAUCAUAGAUCAGGUCUCCUUAAACCUGGGUCUGGCUCGUGGUCUAGCUUACUACACUGGAGUCAUCUAUGAAGCUGUUUUAUUGCACCAAAAGUAUAACCACCUAAAUGAGUCUCUUACCAUAAGUAGUGUGGCUGGAGGUGGACGCUAUGAUGGGCUUGUGACAAAGUUUGAUUCAAAGGGAUAUAAGGUACCUUGUGUUGGAGUCAGCAUUGGUGUUGAAAGAAUCUUCUCCAUCAUAGAGCAGAAUAAUGAGAUGUCCAAGAAGAAGAUCCGCACAACAGAGACACAAGUGUUGGUGGCAACUCCCCAAAAGAACUUCCUUGCGUUGAGAAUGAAGUUCAUAUCUAAAUUAUGGAAUGCUGGCAUCAAGGCAGAGAUGAUAUAUAAAAAAAACCCCAAACUACUGGAACAGCUGCACUAUUGUGAAGAAACAGGAAUCCCACUUGCAAUCAUCAUAGGAGAAGAGGAGCUCAAUAAUGGAGUAGUGAAACUUCGGGAUGUUGUGACUAGGAAAGAGGUUAAUAUCCCUCAAGAGAAUUUUAUAGAAGAGAUCAAGAGAAGGUUGGAAAAAUACAAUACUUAGUUUCAUAUAUUUAUUUGACAGUUUUAUACUGCUCCUAAGGCUGACUUAUGUACUUACAUACCGCUCUUAUGGAAUAGUGCCGGCCUGUGAAGCACCUGGAGCUGUUCAACAUUUCUUUCUUUUUUUUGUAAUAAAAUAAUAUUUCAUGUAUUAGUCAUACAAGCCAAGAUUUGGAGAAUUGGAUUUGUGUCAUUGUACAUUUCUUAUCCACUGUUGCUGUGUACAUAGGCUUAAAUAUACUGGUCUUUCAAAGGCUAUUAGCUUUGCUGUUAUUGUUACUGAUUAUAUUCUCCACUCGUAUGGCCAUCCGAUUUGCAUGAGUCAACUCCCAAAUCUGCAGCUAACUAGACAGUUGGAAACCAGUGCUGAUUUAUUUGUGAAUGUUUGAUUGGUAAAUGUUUUUGACAGAUAGCCACGGUCAUUCGUUUAGCCAUCUGGCAAAAGUCACGAUCUGUAGUAGCCCGUUGAUCAAUGGCUUUGCCGAAGUACAGAGUUUUGAAAGAGCUCUAAACCCAUACUGGUUAAGCCAUCUGUCAAAAUCCACUGUUUUAGCCAGCUGUGAUGGUAAAAUAGAGUUUCGCUCUUGAAAAGGUGCUUCUGUUGAAAUAACUGAAUUCUCAUGCUUUCACCCACCACUUCCCAGAGCUGACCUGCAAGGUGCAGCAUGUAAUGCUCCUGCCCGAUUUCAAACAGCAGAUUUUCCAGCUCCCCAAACAGAAUGGACCUGGAAGAGAGUGCCCUUGGACUAUAGGGGAGGGGUCAUUAUUUCACCAGGCUGGACUGGUCAAUAAGUGCUGAUCUGAUCCUAUUCCUUGUUGGUACCACCAACAAGUAUAUCUGUGACAGCCUACAUUCAGUUGUGGCCUCCUGUGGGUUGUUGACAUACUGUAAAGGAAUUUAGGACUGACCUUGGGAAAGGUAUGAGAGAAAUGUUGGGGUGGGGAGGAAGGGGUAAGGGUCUGGCAGAAAAAAUUACACAGUCCUGAGAUAGAGGGAAGUGUGAGAAAGAAACUCAAAAUAACCCUAUCUUGAUUUUGUUUAGUAUAAGGUGGGACAGAGAGAAUCUGAGACAGGCUUUCAAGAUUCUGUUAUCCUACUUUAAUAAAGAGCAUUCCUGGAAUCCCUGCCGUGCCUGCUUCUUGACAUGGUCUGCCUCGAAGGUCUGACAUAUACCCACACUGAAACCCAAACAAACACUUUGUGAUAGUUUUGCUGAUAGAGAAGCUGGGAAAGAGCAUAGUUUAGUUUCAUAUAGUACAUAUUCCCAUAGGAGAGAGAAGUAGGGACUGAAGAUACUGGGCUGGAAGGAGAACUGAAAGAAUGCAAGUAAAGUAAGUACAGAACCAGUUUGAUAUAGUGGUUAAAGUACUGGAUGGGAGACCAUGAGUUCUAGUCUUCCCUUA